GGGGUGAUGUUUACGGCGUGAUUCGGGAUGUUUCGUUCGCGUAAACGCCAAAGCAAUUUCGGCUUAUCGAAUAUUAAUAGAGCACUUCUUUUGAGAUUGUAAUUGAAGCGCUACACCUUCUGCGAAGUGUCGGUGACGCGAAACAUCGAGUGCCGUUAAAUUCAGCACUUGAAAGAAGGACAGUUCCAGCACACUGGCUCCUGCACUUCUUACCCAACCUCAGGAGGGCAUCUUCCAUUAGUUUCUGAACACUUUGCACGCAUGAACAUUUUAGCUGGCAACAUAUGCUAUCUCGGGCGUUCAACUAACUGACAUCCUUAAUAGGGGACCUCGAAUUGAUACCCUCGGCUCAAUAUGUACCAGGGGCAUCUGCAGGGGAAAGACUCUAGGGCUGCAGAUAAGAGCGUUGCCAUGGUGCUGAAGGAGAUACCCAAUAAGGCGUCCCCAGAAGGCAAGCCCCUCCUCACGGUGACAAACAAGCAGCUGGUGAGCGAACAACAAGAGAGUCGACCCUUGCUGAGCCCCUCCAUUGAUGACUUCCUGUGUGAGACGAAGUGUGACAGGGCUGCCCGCCCUGUGACCUCUAACACAGCAGUACUGUCCUCUUCUCUGGACCUGCUGGACCUGAGUGACCCCGGAGAUAAACGGAACGGUAAAGACAGAAAGAGCCCUGUGUCUAUAAGGAGCACGCCUCACAGAAAGAAACGAGAUGAAACAGAGCUGAUCCAGGUGGACAUUGAACACAACACAUCUUGCUCUCACACCCCUGUGAAAGAGUCUCUGGAUUCAGCAGUAGUUCCUUCUCCAUUGGAAAAAUGGGAAGAACUCACCCUCCAUCCAGACAGAAUUGGUAACAGGAAAUGGAAACAGGAGAAAAGGCGUUCCUCAAAAACAUCUGGAGAUUUUGUGUGGUCAAUUGACAGCAAAACACACCCUGAAAGUGACACCAAGACCUCACUGGAAGUAAAUUACAAGAGGGAAGCAGAAACAACCGCACAAGGUCAAGUGAGAACAGACCGAAGAUGGGGCAGCAUGCUCCUGUCCAGAAACCAGUCGCUGGAGGAGGAGUAUGAGAGGGCCAAAGCAGCCGUGGAAUCUGAUACGGAGUUCUGGGAUAAGAUGGAGGCUGAGUGGGAAGAACUGGCCCGAAGGAACUGGUUGACAGAAAAUGAAGAGGCCCAGUUUCCCCCCACUGUGUCCCCUCUUGAAAAGGGAUAUUACUUCCACACAGACAAUCCAUAUAAAGACUGGCCAAAUGCAUUCGAAGAGGGAUUGCGGAAGGCCAGAGAGGGAGACCUGCCCAAUGCAGUCCUGCUCCUAGAAGCGGCUAUCUUGCAGGACCCUCAGGACUCUGAAGCUUGGCAAGUGCUGGGGACCACACAGGCAGAGAAUGAGAAUGAGCAGGCAGCAAUUGUCUCCCUCCAGAGGUGUCUGGAACUUCACCCCAAUAACCUGCAGGCACUGAUGGCCUUGGCUGUGAGCAUGACAAACACAGGCAUGAAGCAAGAAGCUUGUGAGGCAUUGCUGGGCUGGCUGAAGCACAACCAGAAGUACAAGCACCUCCUGAAGAACUGUACUCACCUGCACAGCUCACCAGGCCACCAUCGCCUCUCCCACGCCUCACCUGAUGCAUGCCCUCUUCUGCCAGAAGUGAAGGAACUAUACGUGGAAGCUGCCCAGGAGAAUCCGGACAGGAUCGACCCAGACCUGCAGACUGGCCUGGGCGUGAUGUACAACCUCAGCUCCGAGUUCAACAAGGCUGUAGAGGCCUUCAAUGCCGCGCUGUCAGUCCGGCCAGAGGACUACUUGUUGUGGAAUCGUCUUGGGGCAACCCUGGCUAACGGGGACCGCAGUGAGGAGGCCGUUGAGGCCUACACCAGGGCCCUGGAGCUCCAGCCAGGCUUCAUACGCUCCCGCUACAACCUGGGUAUCAGCUGCAUCAACCUGGGGGCACACAGGGAAGCUGCCAGCAACUUCCUGACAGCACUGGGUCUGCAAAGGAAGAGCAGUAGUCGACAGCUCUCACACCAGGUCAUGUCUGGCAACAUCUGGGCAGCCCUGAGGAUAGCCCUCUCCAACAUGGACCAGCCAGAACUCUUCCAGGCUGCUAACAUAGGGGACCUGGAUUUACUCAUGAGAGCCUUCAAUCUGGACAUGUGAACUAUAGGAAACCCUUUAGACUGCAUACAAGCCAAGAACCCAAAGUCCUUCAAAGGGAGUGACCCGUAACCCAUUUUACAAGUCUUUUUCUUUUCGCAGAGCACCUUUACAUUCCCGAGAACUGUGAGCACUUGGUGAGAGACUACUUUAGACAGAUUUGCACUGCAGCCUAAGAUUUCUGAAGAGCACAAUGCCUGGCAAAGAUUGUAAAAGUAUGCCUUAGAGAAAAGAAAUAGGGAUCGCCAAUCCAGUGGCGUGAGAACAUGUAUUGAAAUAAUGGUGAAUGUGGUGUAACGAAAUUCAAAGGGGUUGCAGUCUUGAGUCUCACAUAAGGUAAAACAGUUGGUAGACAUUUGUAUUGUAAGACAGAUCAAAGCAAUAGUUUGAAUUUGCUUAAGAAAUAACUGAAACUUCAACUCUCAAAUCUCAUUUUUAUCCAACAGUAACAGCUUUUAAAUUACAACAGACUAAAUAAUUAUCUGUAAUCCAUUGGUUAUAAUUCAUUGGGGAUAUUUUCACUGAACACUCAAUGCACUAUAUUUAUAUCCAGAAACCCAUAGAGGCUGUCUUCUUCAUGGCUGCAUUGCUAGUUAAACAAAACGAAAACUUUCCUGCUCUUUGCUGUAACCUGCAGGCCAGACUAUAAAGCCAUUAAAAUGCAUGUUAAACAUUUAGUUAGUUCAGACUUUAUGAGAAAGAUGACAGAUGGAAGCCAUUACCUCUUAUUAUCUUGCCUCUUGAAAUAGCUCAUUUAUUGUCAUCCUGUAAUCCUCAAACCAAUAUCAAGGUUCUCUGGACACCUUUACUGAAUGCCAUAGUAAUUUUUUAAGGUGCAUAAAAGAUGCAGGCAACUGUCCUCCUCCACAGUUCCACAUGCCACAAAGUUAUAAACCUGCAUUAACAUGUACCACAACUUUGCUGCGGUUUUUUACUUACAAAAAAUGUUGCACUGUUCCAUUACUGUGUUCUAAUGCUCAUGCGAUUGCUCCAGAAACCAAUAUUUAUUGGUUUAAUAUUUAAUAUUUAUGACUCUGUAGUUUUACUUAAUAUGGCCCUAAAAUAGUUGUACGUUGCAUGCCUGAGGCAAAUGUCAGUGAGUGACAAAAUCUCUGUUGGGUUCUUUUUAUAUUAUUAUUUUUCCAUUCAGCUCUGUGUGUCUUAGUUAUGUAAGGUUCUCUGAGAGCACUGUAAAACGCUCUCAGGACAAGCCUGUGCUUUCUAGCUGACUGCUUACUACUGUAAAUUAUAUUAUGGCUGUAUUGGUAGAGCCUGAGGAGAGCCUCCCCUUUUUAGAACUUUGUACAUUCUCAGGUGAGCUGAUAUAGAUGACCUUUACUCUAGAACACCACCUGAUUUAAGAGGACCGCAUGCUGAAUGCACUUAUUUUUGAAUGCAGUAGCUUUAUUUAUAUGCAUGAAAUUGUCAUGCCUCUUUUACUCUAACCUUCAUUUCUACGAUAUACAUAUAAUCGUAACAAUUUUGCAUUUCAGAGCAUAUUGAUCUUUAUGUAAUUGCACUUAUCUAAACUAAAUUAAUAUAUAGCAAUUAGUUUUGCAAUGCAACAAUUAAUCUAGAGAGAAUAUUCUUUAUUGUAUACUUAUUGAUACUAAACUCACCAAAGACCAGAUUUACUGAAGCCUGUAGUGCACACAAAACUUAAAUUCCAGCAAACCAAGUGCACAAUCAAUAGUUCGUCCUGAAUCAAUCUUUACUCUCAUGCUACUGGAAAUACACAGUACAUGCUAAUACACGGGCUUCGGUAACUUUGGUGCAGUAUAUUUAAACAUAGCAAAAUAUAAUAUCCAGUAAACAUAUAUGAAAGUUUUCUUUUCAAAUAAAAUUUAAAAAACCCUUGUAAUUUUGUGUGCUUAUGGUUUUUAAUCAUUCCACUUGUUUUACAUUGUUUUAUAGCUCAAUGUAAGUUAGAUUUCCUCUCAAUGCAAUAACUUCUAACCCCUUCAGAGGCAUUCUGUCAACAAGACACAAGAUUCCACAAAUAAUAAAUGUAGCUUCUUUGUGUACUGCACGUGAAAGUAAUUACAAAAUAUGAAAAAAUGACAGAAAUGAACAAUUAUGUGGUUUAUUGAAUAAUUCAAACAUGAAUCAGGUGUACGACUGGACAGUCCUUGACUGUGAACACACCCACAUUUACCUUAAUAAUGGUUUGUCCGAAGUAUUAUUUGGAUAGGAAGAGCCAUUAAAAAAUUUAGACAAGCUGUGUAAAUCAUUAUAAUGUCUGUAUGAGUCGGCACACUUUUUUGCAAAAGGAACAAAUAAAAAUCUUGCAUCAUUUGACAUUCAGUACCUAGAAAAACAUGACAAAAUGGAUAAAUCAUGAAAGAUCAACUAUACAUUUAAAAACACAAAAUGACUAGUUUCUGAGUUUUAGUGCAGAGAACGUCAAGGCAUGUUAUAGAAGGCGGUAGGUGCAUCACCCUUCACAAAGGGAAAUGGACAGACGAGGGGGAAACACAGAGCUGACGAGCUUGUGACGCGACAUCCUUCAGCUCUCAAGCCAUCUUUGAGUGAGCGGACAGAGAGGAAGAGAAAGAAAGAAAAGAUUUUUUUAUUUUAAAAAUUUUUUUUUUAAUGUUGUUUAGUUUAAAUUAUGUGCUAAAGUCUUUACGUAUUAAUAGUACAAAUCCUUCAUUACUAAAGUAUUUAAAGCCAGUAUUGUAGUUGAUUAACUGGAGUCUGUAUCUUAUUCUAUGCUUUAAUAAAAAACAUGGGGAAGUGACCAGAAAAAGUGGCACAAAACAGCAAAUUGAUGAGAGAUUUGGUAUUACUGAGCACCAUAAACAGUACAUUCAAUGUGCACAGCCCUGUAGUACCUG